CAACAAGUUCGUGGUCACUCUUAGCUGCCCGCGAGGAAGCACCACUAAAGUAUGCACUAACACUGCUUAUGACAUUCCAGUUUAUGCAUGAAUUGCUUUUGCUGACAAUGGCUUAACAGAUCGCCCGGACGCCGAGACAAGUCGCCGAGGGGUGAAAGCGGGAGGAGACACCAGAGACACUGGAUCUGCUUGCCGCGAAACGACGAACUGAAGAGCGGAGUUCGCCACUCAGCAACUUGUGCUCUCCGAGACAACAUGGUCUGACACUCAAGGUUGCGGGAUACACACGGCUUGCCUGGUCCUGCAUGCGGAUACUUCGCGAGAAAAGCAUGUGGGAAAAAGGAAAUCCGUGGUCCGGCCGAUAGACAAACGUUGAAUGAACGGGGAGAUAGGAGUCAAAUGUCGAGACCCAUAAACUCUUGUCAUUCUCACCUAUGAAAAAUGUUGUGAGAAGUUACCCAGUGUUUUCAGCGAAAUUUGAUGAAUACUUCUACAAGAGUGUUGUUUUUUUGUUUGUUUGUUUUUGCUUUUUGAGAAUCUGUCAAUGCCGGAGAAUCUAUAAUUGUGUGAAAGGAGGAAAAAGGGAAAAAGCUGUUGUCUGUAAGACUGUGUGCCGGGCGCUGUAGGCCCGGGAGGACGUCUCAGUGGUGGCGAGGACCGUUGAGCAACUACACCAGUUUGUCUUCGCGACCCAGUCACCUGCAGCAGCAGGGACACUGUCUACACACUGGCACCAUGGCCAAAAGCAAGUUCGAGUAUGUUCGCCAGUUUGAGUGUGAGGACAAGCUCCUGCCAAACUGUUGGAUUGUUGUACGCGUGGACGGCAAGUCAUUUCAUCGUUUUUCAGAUGUACACCACUUCAUGAAGCCGAAUGAUGAACGAGGAUUAGGACUGAUGACACGGGCAGCCCAGAAUGUUAUGGAGGAUCUCAAGGACAUUGUUAUGGCAUAUGGACAGAGCGAUGAAUACAGUUUUGUCUUCCAUAAGAAUACUGCGCUCUAUAACAGACGGGGAAGCAAGAUAAUGACAAAUGUGGUCAGCCUUUUCUCCUCUUCAUACACUAUGCUAUGGCCACGAUACUUCAUUAAUCAGGAGCUACAGUAUCCACCUUCAUUCGAUGCCCGAGUUGUACUCUAUCCUUCAGACCAGAAUCUCCGUGACUACCUCAACUGGCGACAAGCAGACUGUCACAUCAACAACUUGUAUAAUACCUGUUUCUGGAAACUAGUACAAGAACGAGGCUUGUCACCUGUCCAAGCUCAGGAACGUCUGAAGGGUACAUUGUCAAGUGACAAGAAUGAGCUGCUGUUUUCGGACUUUCAAAUUAACUAUAACACUCUUCCAGAACUUUAUCGAAAAGGAACAGUACUUAUUAGAUCCAAGGACCAGGACUCAUCUCCUAUGACUCAGACCAAUCAGAGAACAUUGGUGGGCAACCCUCUUCACUCCAGGGCCCGCCCUUCAACCCUAGUGCUUCAUGUGGACAUUAUUGGAAACAAAUUCUGGGAGGAAAACCCAGAGAUUCUUGCUCCUAGGAAAUGAUUAUCAGCUGGCUAUCUGACCUGAUGCAAUGAUGUAGCAAUAUUAUUUUCCUCAGUAGAGAAGAAGAGAGGAGUGUGAUCAGUGUUGUACAACUCACAUUUACAAGAACUUGUAAUUGUCAUGUCAAUAAUGGCCUUGGUUAUUCAACGCAGAUUUGCAAUAUCUAUUGUAUACAGCUGUGUGUGCAUGCAUGCGAGAUCGGAAAGGGCAAACCCUCGAUUAACUUUCCCAUUUUAAAUAUUUUAUGAAAGUGUUUUUCUUAAUUUGCAAUUUUAUUGCAUGUGAAAACAUGAAAUGUGGUCACUGAGUGUGCACAAUGUGUGCAUGCAGAUUUCCUUAUUUUAAUAAAGCUGGGAAAGAAGUUUUUAAAAA